UAUUACAGUACCGGGCAUCUUGAGCUCUGCCAGCGUCGGCGCGCUUGCCGUCGUCGUGGCCUCUAUCGUAGCUCCAUGCCAUAGCCCUGUUUCUGCAGAAAGGUAUAUACACCGCCACCCCCGGCGUAACAAGCGGCGCCUCGCCUCGUAAUGGUGAUUCCCUCCUCCGGCGCCCGGUCCGGUCGACAGCCCGUCAUCACACGAGCAUCGCGAUCGUCGUGCAUACAGGCGCCACCAAGGCUCUGACGCACCAACGAGCCAACGAGACAAAGACGUAGUUGGCACCGACGCGGCAGGAUCUACGGGCAGCCUCCGUGCUUGCCGCCGGUUCAACGAUUCGGCAGUCGGUGUCGACACGUACUGUGUACUCGGGAGGGCAACGCAGCUGCGCACCCGAAGCAACAGCUUGACGUCGACUGCUUCAUUUCUACUUCGUCCGUCCAUGGGCACCAUCUUUGCCAAGCCGACCGAGGCCGCGCUCGCCGGGCGCGACCUCGCCCGCACCCGCGCCGCGCUCCUUCUAGUGGAGAAAUACGGCGCGCUGCUCCAAGGUAUCCCGAUCGACGGCCGCCUCAUCUUGGCGAGCAUGAGCGAAGAGUACCAGCGCAUCCGGUCGUCGGCCUUUGCCUUCAACGACUGCGGCUACCCGUUUGCGAUCUUCCUGCCGCUCCACGCCGGCGACAUUGCCGAAAUCCUCAAAGCCAUUGGCCACCUCAAGCUCGACAUUGCGGUCGCCGGCGGGAAGCACUCGCCACUCGGGUUCCCCGACAACGCGGUCGUGAUCGACUUGCACUACCUCUCGGACGUCAAGGUCAACUUGGCCGAGCGCUGGAUCGACGUCAUGGGCGGCGCCAAAAUGGGCUUGAUCGACCGCGAGCUGCACGACACAGGCCUCGGCUUCAUCGCGGCGACCAACCCGGACACGGGCGUCGGCGGCUUUGCGCAGACCGGCGGCUGGGGCUGGCUCUCGCGCCAGCACGGACUCGCGGCCGACCACUGGCUCGAGGCCGACGUCGUCUUGGCGAAUGGCGACAUUGUCACCGCCAGCGACAGCAACGAGCACUCGCAGCUCAUGCGCGCGCUCCGGGGUGGCGCCGGCAACUUUGGCGUCGUGACGCGCUUCCGCUUCGCGCUCCACCGGGUCGACCACUGCUUCUACUCGAUGCCGAUGCGCGUCUGCCCGACGAUCGCGUCGGCAAAGAAGUCAGCAAAGUCCUUUCGGGAUCGCAUGGACUCGGCGCCAGCGUACGCGAGCGGCAUGCUCCUCUUCCCGUGCGGCCACCCGGCGCUGCACGAGGUGACGACGGCCAUCGGCGCGCCCGACGUUGUCCCAGACGCGUCUUGGGUGACGUCCAAUUUGAGGCGGCGCGGCGGCCACUGGGCCACGCUGCACACCGACGUGCACGAGUACGACUACCACUUGGGGCUGCAAGCGAUCCUCGAGCCGCACACGAAGCGCGGGUACACGAUGACCGCGUCGUGCUUUGUCAAGGACCUCGGCGACAGCGUCAUUGACGUCCUCCUGAGUUUUACGCGCCAAAAGCACCCGGGCCGCGAGUCGGUUGUGCUGGCGACGGCCUGGGGCGCGCAGAUUCCGGACGGCGUCCUCGGCCGCCCGCACGCGCUCGGCCACCGCGAGAACGGCUGGUGGAUCCUUAUCCAAGCCACGACGCCCGACAUGUCCUUGUACCAAGUCACCAAGCACAAGCAGUGGGUGCACGACCUCAAGGCUGCGCUGCAAGAGGUCGACCUCGGCGCCGCCCAAGCGCCGCACGUCUUCUUCGACAGCAGCUUCCGCCACGCGACGCUCACGACCGCAGUCUACGACGACGUCACGGGCCACUUUCUGCAGCAGACCAAGACCGAGUACGACCCGACCAAUGUGUUCCACCUCAACCACAACAUUCCCCCGCUAGUCUAACUCUUUAUUAUGUUAUUACUCUUAUGGCAGCGAGCUGCUCGUGUCCUCGUGGUGCAGUAGCGCCGCCAUGCUCUUGCCC